GCUCUUCACCCUCUUUUAUCUCUCUCUCUCUCUCUCUUUAUUUUUUUUAUCUCUUUCCUCUUUUUCUUUCAAAUGGCCAAAAACGGCUGCUGGCCAGUCGUCGUCUCUGUCGUCCUCGUCGGUUGGCGACUGGUUUGUAGUGUUGUCAGAUGGCCUCUCCCCCCUUUUCUUAUUUCCUAUUUAUUCUCUUUUUUUAUUGUUAUUUACCCACGUUCCUUUUCUCUCCGUUUUUCGCCUCAUUUUCUUAUUUCGUUUUUCUUUUUUUUGCUUAGUCCAGUCCCUUCCAAAUGUCCGUCCGUCAAAUAG